AAAGAAAGCGAAAGAUGCAGAAUUACUAAAUAUUUUAACUUUUGAGAGAACCAGGCUGAACUUAUUUAUAUUUUAAAUACAAUAAAACCCGAUACAUUGUUAAGAUUAUGACCAGACUAUGACACUGGAACACCGAAAUUUUAAAGUGUAACACUAGGUAUCGCUCGCGUUAUAAACGAUCUUUGUCAUAAAAAAAACGAGCAACCUAAAUAAUAAAUUCCUAAUGUAUUUUAAUCACGCAUUCAAGCAUAGAAUUGCAGUAAAAACUCCAUUCAAUAUGUAAUCAAAGAAUUGAAAUUAAAACUCCGUUACCGUCGAGCUGUGUCACGUGACCAAGCAACCAGCGAUGACCUCUCGGUAGCUAGCGGUUGCUAACUUGCAGCAGCAACAAAUGCUCUCGUUUGAAGGUUGUCAGCGACAUUUCUCACGAUGGGCGAACCUAAGGAGGAAGAAGAUUACGGCUACGGAUCGUUCCCGGGACGAAGCGCUCCAAAGCCCAAAAGGGGAUUCCUCGCCACCAGUUUGUUCACGUUCAACCACAGAUGUCAGGCCAUGCUGCAGAUCGCGCUGAGUACGAGUCCAUAUGCCAAACUUCUACUGAGUGCCAUGAACAGUUCUGGAUGCAAAGUGUUCAAAGACCGACAUUUCUCCUGUGAAGAUUGUGACGGUCAUGUGAGUGGCGGAUUUGAUGCCACAACCUCGCAGAUAGUUUUGUGCCAGAACAACAUCCGCCAGCAGGCCCAUAUGAACCGAGUGGUCGCCCACGAGCUCAUCCACGCCUUCGACCACUGUCGUGCCAAUGUGGACUGGUUCAAUAACUACAGACACCUGGCGUGCUCAGAGAUUCGGGCGGCAAACCUCAGCGGCGACUGCUCUUUCUCCAACGAGCUGGCGAGAUAUAACUUUGGGAUCAAAGAGCACCACCAGGAGUGCGUCAGAGGCCGUGCGGUACGCUCCAUCCUGGCUGUCAGGAAGAUCAGCCGAGAGGAAGCGGAGAAGAUAGUCAACGAGGUUUUCGACUCGUGCUUCAAUGACCGCGCCCCGUUCGGACGCAUCCCUCAUGGCAAGAGGGACGCCGAGUUUGCCUUCAGGGAUUAUGAAAACAGGGACCGAUACUAUGCCAACCUGUAGAGGUCACAAGGUCUCGCUCCAAAACCAUCGUCCAUGUCGGUGCUACGAAGACAAGACUACAUGCCUGGAACGUAACUUUCAAACUGUCAUAAGGAGAAUGAGGAGGGGAAUAUGUGUGAUAAUGUUUCCUUGCUGUACAUAGAGAUGAUUAAAUUAAUCAACUUUUUUUUUUCCAAUCAAAUCUUGUCCGUGUGCUUCACGAGUCACCAUGAACUUCAAGUAUUACGAGUCACAUUGACGCGCUAAGAGGAUUGUGGGAGUUGCCAAACUCGAAGACAACUUUGUGGACAUUAAACGAAUGGUGUCCUUUCGCUCAGAUGAAUGGACGCAUUAGCGCGAUAAUCCUCCCUGCAAUCGUGCGGACGCACGCGCCGCAUCAUAAUCGGCAGCUUCUCUUUGAAUCUUCAGAAGUUUAAGACAAGGGCAGCCAUGUGACCACAGCAGAUGAGAAUAUUAGCAUUUGUUUCCC